GAAGUGAAGUCUAGUGCCUCCGUCCGCCAAGCUUAGCGGCUCACUCACCGGUUCCGGGGAGCGGCUGCGGCGGUGGUGGUGGUUUACCGUCACAAUAACUUAGCGGGAGUAGCCGCCAGCGUCCUAUUUGCGUGUGCUCAGUUGCCCCCUGUGCCGGAGGGGAAGGGGCGGACAAGAUGGCGGACCCGGCGGAGUGCAGCAUCAAAGUGAUGUGCCGUUUCAGGCCUCUGAACGAUUCCGAGGUUACCAGAGGGGACAAGUAUGUGGCCAAGUUUCAAGGGGAAGAUACUGUGGUGAUGGCGUCCAAGCCCUAUGUUUUUGACCGUGUGUUCCAGUCAAACACAUCUCAAGAGCAAGUUUACAACGCCUGCGCAAAAGCAAUUGUUAAAGAUGUUCUGGAUGGAUAUAAUGGCACAAUAUUUGCUUAUGGGCAGACAUCAUCAGGAAAAACCCAUACCAUGGAGGGAAAACUCCAUGACCCAGAUGGAAUGGGGAUUAUUCCCAGGAUAGUGCAAGAUAUUUUUAAUUAUAUUUACUCUAUGGAUGAAAAUUUGGAAUUUCAUAUAAAGGUAUCAUACUUUGAAAUCUAUUUGGACAAGAUAAGGGACCUAUUGGAUGUUUCGAAGACAAACCUUUCUGUUCAUGAAGACAAAAACAGAGUUCCAUAUGUCAAGGGUUGUACAGAACGCUUUGUAUGUAGUCCUGAUGAAGUCAUGGAUACAAUAGAUGAAGGGAAAUCUAACAGACAUGUAGCUGUGACAAAUAUGAAUGAGCACAGCUCUCGAAGUCACAGCAUUUUUUUAAUCAACGUCAAACAAGAAAACACUCAGACAGAACAGAAGCUAAGUGGCAAGCUUUACCUGGUUGAUUUGGCAGGUAGUGAAAAGGUGAGCAAAACUGGAGCUGAAGGAGCUGUGUUGGAUGAGGCUAAAAACAUCAACAAAUCAUUGUCCUCUCUUGGCAAUGUCAUUUCUGCUUUGGCUGAAGGCAGUGUAUAUAUUCCAUAUCGUGACAGCAAAAUGACCAGAAUUCUCCAGGAUUCCUUGGGAGGAAACUGUAGAACCACUAUUGUGAUUUGCUGCUCACCAUCAGCUUACAAUGAGGCAGAAUCAAAAUCUACACUUCUCUUUGGGCAAAGAGCCAAGACCAUUAAGAAUACGGUAUGUGUAAAUGUAGAGCUUACUGCCGAACAAUGGAAAAAGAAAUAUGAAAAAGAGAAGGAAAAAACCAAGAGUUUGCGCAGUACUGUUCAGUGGCUUGAAAAUGAACUUAACAGAUGGCGCAAGGGAGAGACUGUCCCAAUUGAAGAACAAUAUGAUAAGGAGAAAGCCAACAUGGAUGCCUUCGUUGUGGAUAACUUUGUCAAUAAUGAAAAGCCAGCAGUCACACUUGCUGCAAAUUUUACAGAUGCAGAGAGAAGGAAAUGUGAGGAAGAAGUUACUAAACUAUAUAAGCAACUUGAUGACAAGGAUGAAGAGAUUAAUCAACAAAGCCAGCUUGUAGAAAAACUCAAGCAGCAAAUGUUGGAUCAAGAAGAGCUAUUGGCGUCUACAAGAAGAGAUCAGGAUAAUAUGCAGGCAGAGUUAAACCGGCUCCAGGCUGAAAAUGAUGCCUCAAAGGAAGAAGUGAAAGAAGUGCUGCAGGCUCUAGAGGAACUUGCCGUCAACUACGAUCAGAAGUCUCAAGAAGUAGAAGAUAAAUCUAAGGAAUAUGACAUUUUAAGCGAGGAACUUAAUCAAAAAUCGGUCAUUUUGUCCAGUAUAGACUCAGAAUUACAGAAACUAAAGGAAAUGACCAACCAUCAAAAGAAAAGAGCAACAGAGAUGAUGACCUCCUUAUUGAAAGAUUUAGCAGAGAUUGGUAUUGCAGUAGGAGGCAACGAUGGUAAGCAACCUGAAGUAAGUGGCAUGAUUGAUGAAGAGUUUACUGUCGCAAGAUUGUACAUUAGUAAAAUGAAGUCUGAAGUCAAGACUAUGGUAAAACGAUGCAAACAGCUGGAAGGCACACAGAGUGAGAGUAACAAGAAGAUGGAGGAGAAUGAGAAGGAGUUAGCUGCAUGUCAGCUGCGCAUCUCACAGCAUGAAGCAAAGAUUAAAUCCCUGACAGAAUAUGUCCAGAAUGUGGAACAGAAGAAGAGGCAUUUGGAGGAGUCUGUGGAUUCUCUUAAUGAAGAGCUUGUAAAGCUGCGAGCACAAGAAAAAGUGCAUGAGAUGGAAAAAGAGCAUCUUAAUAAAGUUCAGACUGCAACUGAAGUGAAGCAUGCAGUGGAAGAACAGAUUCAGAGUCACCGGGAAACCCACCAGAAGCAACUAAGUGCUCUCAGGGAUGAGAUUGAAACCAAGGAAAAAGUUAUUACAGAGCUACAAGACCAAAAUCAGAAGAUGGUGCUUGAACAAGAACGGCUAAGGGUAGAACAUGAAAAGCUGAAAUAUGCUGAUCAGGAAAAAAGCAAAAAACUACAUGAGCUCACUGUAAUGCAGGAUAGAAGAGAGCAAGCAAGGCAGGAUCUGAAGGGAUUGGAAGAGACAGUGGCAAAAGAGCUUCAGACUCUUCAUAACCUCAGGAAGCUGUUUGUUCAGGAUUUAACUACACGAGUUAAAAAGAGUGCAGAAAUGGAUUCUGAUGACACUGGGGGCAGUGCUGCACAGAAGCAGAAAAUUUCUUUUCUUGAGAAUAACCUUGAACAACUCACUAAGGUGCACAAACAGCUGGUACGUGAUAAUGCAGACUUGCGGUGUGAGCUUCCAAAGCUGGAAAAGCGACUUAGGGCUACUGCUGAGAGAGUUAAAGCUCUGGAAUCUGCACUGAAGGAAGCCAAAGAAAAUGCAUCACGUGAUCGUAAGCGCUAUCAGCAAGAGGUGGAUCGCAUAAAAGAAGCCGUGAGGUCUAAGAACAUGGCUAGAAGAGGCCAUUCUGCACAGAUUGCUAAGCCUAUUCGUCCUGGGCAGCACCCUGCUGCUUCCCCAACCCAUCCAAAUGCAAUUCGUGGAGGUAGCGUGUUUCCCCAGAAUGCUCAGCCAGUGGCUGUCCGUGGAGGCGUGGCUAAACAAGACAAAGUCUGCUGAGAGGCUAUCGGAGCACAGGAGUCGGAGAAUCGUGCAGUGACGUUGAGAAACGCACUUAUCUCUAUGGGAUUGUAGGAUUGUUUUUGAAAUUGUAAUUUAUCUGACCUGUACAGCUCUCCUUUUCCCUCUCCUCAGUGUCUGGCAAAUUCUAACUGAUUUGCGGCAAAAAAACUAGAGUGCAAUUUCGUUGUCCUCGCUUUACAACAUGUAAUUUACUAUGUAGCGCCAUCCAUUGCACAGUUUGUUAUCCAUGUCUUAAAAAUGUAGUCUGCACUGUGCCAAGUUGGAACAUAAGUUACCGGUUAGAUAGACCCUUGUUAUAUUGUGUCAGCUCUUCUUCUCUCCGGGGGACAUGGAACAAACGUUAAGCAUUUAAACCUCUUCCGGGCUAAGCAUUUGAAAUGCAUCCCUGUUUACCGUCUCACUAUAUUACAGCAGUGCUGACAACUCCUGAAGUGACUUCAUUUAAUGCUACAAUAAAGCAACUGUAGGUUUUACACUUUGCGACAGUGUCUAGAUACUAAUGUGUAUACUCGCUGCAGGGCUCGGGAAGUAAUAUACCUUUCGGAAUAAGACCAGGUUUCCGUGUAAUCAAGGCUGCUGUUUUAUCUGGCGGGGCACAACACAGCUGCCCCGGGGGUUGUUGGAUUAAAUAAUGUAUAGUAACAAAAUACUGGAGUAAACUUUUUAUAUACAAGCGAAUGGGAUAUUCAUUUAGCAUUUGUCCUAUUGCAUCACAUCCUGAUGGUAUGACAACAUUUUGCUUCGUUCUAAUGUUUGGUUUUUGAUCUUUGUUACAUAAAGGAUCACGGUUUCCUACUCUGGCGUAACACGGAGCUUGAAUGGCUUCACUUUUCUACGUUGUCGGUUAUUUUGCCACUUCUGUCCGUUUUCGGUGUAAAAUAUACAUUCCCGAUGAUCUUAGUUGGAAGGAACGCCUGGUCUCUGUGCACAUUGGAAGGCAUUAAUGGAUUUUGCCGUUGUGUGCCCUGCAACAAGAUACUUAUGCUUGAGCAUGGCAAUGGGCUUCCCAAUUGGUAAAAGGCUACUAGCAUUGGCAGAUAUGCAUAUACGUAUGUGUUCUUAGGGCUAUAGUAAUUAUGGUGUUUUGACAGUGGCAGGGAUAAAGACGUAGCACUUGAAUGAUGAAUGUGGGCGCAUUGUUUCCCCAAGAGAGUAGCAAAUCUAUCAAAACACCACAUGUGCCAGUAGCCUUAGCCUGUGCUUGUAACAAGCCCGAAAUAACCAGUACGCCAUUUAACAUGCAGUUCUACUGCUGACAAGGUGGAGUUUGGAGGGGACAGAGUAGAGCCCUAAUGAUGCUCAAAUGAUGACUGCACAUCCAUUGGAUGAGAAAUACAGAUGCAAAACAGGAUUUCUGCACCAAAUAAAGCUUAUUUUUUAAUGGAUAGUUGACAGAGGAGAGUAUUUGAAUGUAUAUGAAGCCUUUUAGCAGUACUUGAUUUAACCACUCAUCUAGAUCUUUUCCUUUUUCUUAUACAUAACCCUGGUUUCAAUACUGUAGGCCUUGCUGGCUGGGAGCUUUCCUUAUUAUUGUUGCGUUUACCCCUUUUGCCAUGUAUUUGCACUUUUACCGGCUCCCAACUGGUUUGUCUCCACAAGUACACAGAUGUUAGUGGUCACCUUCCCUGUAUAAGGAAACUGUAAUAUUUGAAAAUACCUUGAAUGCGGUUGAGACGCUUGAAAUCUGUUAUCCCAGAGGCAGGUUGCUAUGUGUUGGGCAUCCUUCGAUUGCGUUGCUAUGGAAAGUAGUAGGUUUGGCACCAAAGAGGAACCUGAAGUCUGGAAUAAAGCAUGAUAGUUAUUGUUGCCUUUGCUUGCUGUGGGGUAUUUUACUCAUGGUUGGGGGUAAUGUUGGUGGCAGGACAUUAGUAUGUUAUGAAUGGAGAAUGUUAGUGUGUUAGUCAAGAUGGCUUAGGUAGGAGGGACCCUUUAACUUCUUGUUCAUGCUAUACACAUGCCAAACAAUAGAAUCAUAAACACUCCAUGAAUGAAACUCACAGAUGUACACUGAUUCCUCCCCAUUUGCCAUUGUGAAGGUCCUAGAACCCAUUGCGGUGCAAUGAAGUAGACCAGAUGGUGCGGUUCCGGGACCUCAGGCAAAGCUGCUCGUGCAGUUCAUGGUGAAGGCAGUGCACUUGUAUUGAACACUAAUUUUUCCUUUUAUCCGCUGUGUGCCGGUCCAGCUGCUUGUCUCAGGGGACAGUGUUGAUCAGUUAUAGAUAUAUAUCCCAUUGUACAUUACCAUUCAGUUGUGUGCCUACAUUGCUCUCUCGUUUGAUUUCCUUUGUAUGAUAUCAGACUUGCUAAUAAAUUAAAAUCUGUAACUUUUGCCAUUAAUGGUUAAAUAAACAUUAGCCUCAAACCUAA